ACAACACAACUCAACACAUCAAACCAACCACUCUCUCUCUCUCUCUCUCUCUCUCUCAAACCUUGUUGCUUCCACUUCAACACUCUUUGUUUAUUUCAUGGAAAAUUGUGUCUACCACAGAAUCCUCACUCUCCCUUCUCAACUCUCAUCAUCAUCAUCAUCGUCAUCCCAUAAACCCCACUUCAGAUUUUUCACAAGGCCUCUUAGUUGUGCUUCUUCUUCUUUGUACCUUAGGCGCAGACCCAUCAGGGUCAAAGCAAGUGCUGAAGCUAGCCACUGCGAGUUUAGCAGCUUGAAUUCUCCACUGGAACCACGGUCCUUGGUGGGAAAGUUCCUCGGUGGUGUUCUGCAAAAUCACCCUCAGUUGUUCCACGUUGCUGUUGGGGAAGAGUUGAAGCUCUUGGCUGAUGAUCGAGAUGCGGCACAUGCUCGCAUGGUGAUUGGUUCUGCCUCUGAUGAGGCCUUGCUUCACAGGAGGAUUGCUCAACUAAAAGAGAAUCAAUGUCAAGUUGCUGUAGAAGAUGUUAUGUAUUUGCUGAUUUUUUACAAGUUUUCUGAGAUAAGGGUCCCUUUGGUUCCAAAGCUUUCUAGUUGCCUUUACAAUGGCAGGCUAGAGAUAUUGCCUUCUAAGGACUGGGAACUAGAAUCUAUUUACACCUUGGAAGUUUUGGAUAUGAUAAGGGAACACAUAACUACUGUUACUGGCUUGAGAGCAAAUUCUGGUGUAACAGAGAGUUGGGCAACAACCAAAGUUAGACACUUUUUACUUGCUCAAGUUUAUGUUGCUUCCAUAUUAUAUGGUUACUUUCUGAAGUCAGUUGCAUUAAGGUACCACCUAGAACGAAAUCUAUCUGUGGCUGACCAUGAUCUUCAUCUUGGUCAUAGGACUAACCUCUCAUUUAAUGAUAUGUGUCCUUAUGGACUAAAAGACGCGAUGUUUUGCGACUCGAGUAACAUGCAAUCCAUAGGGCAAGGGUUAAUCAGGAAGGAAGAGGAAAUUGAAGACUUAAAAUGUUAUGUUAUGAGCUUUCACCCUGGUUCAUUGCAGAGAUGUGCAAGAUUGAGAUCUAAGGAGGCUGUGAAUUUGGUUGGGAGUUAUAGUUGUGCACUUUUUAACAAUGAUGAAUCUGGUUCGGUUGAGAAUGAUGAUGUUAUUUUGACUUCAUUUUCUAGCCUGAAGAGACUGGUCUUGGAAGCUGUUGCUUUUGGAUCUUUCCUCUGGGAGACUGAAGAUUACAUUGACAACUUAUAUAAGCUUAAGGGUGAUUAAGACAUCUAGUUUUACCCCUGUAUUUUAAAGAAGAGGUUGUUUUUCAGACUUGGAACCCGUAGUUUUCUGAUCACAUGGCACAACCUUAUUGCUCCUUAAAGACCUGUCCUCUAGUGUAAAGGCACAGGGUGCCAAAAAAUUAUGAGGUUGUUGGGCGAAUUCUCCUUGUAUAUAUAAUGAGUUUUGUUUUUAGCUCAAAGUGUUGGGUUAUGUUUAUAUUGUAUAGUACACAUUCACCCUGUAUAAUGUAUAGUUGUAAUGUUUGAGCUUUCUGUAAGUUGAUAGAGAUUCUAAAUAGUGAUAAAGUUGUUUAUAU